AUGGAAAAAAGCACAGCAAGGACGGUAGAAAGGUUGCUGUGUCUCGUUUGUCUCGGAUGGUGUACAUUUCUUAUACUUUACUUGGUGCAAGUUAUUUUUUUCGUUGCGUUUUUGGUAAAAUAUGUGGAGAACGAUGGAUACUACUUGUGGUGUUUAUUGUAUUCACUCCCAAUUUAUUUUAUAUUUGCAAAGUUCACUGGCACCAAGAUAUCGUACGCAGACAACGACGAAAGAGUUCAGUACGUUUGGAUUAUUUGGGGAGCAUACAUUGUUGCUUAUGUCAUCACAGUUGCCAUGAUUUUUGGAAAGGUCGCGCACAAGCUUACAAAAGAUGACGAUCUUGGUAUCAACACACUGAUGGGUACGCUGUGUUUGACUCCAGUAUUGUUAAUCCUCUUGCUACAACUCACGAUUUCCCCAUCCUACCAGAAGCCCGUCUUACUGUCCUCCAUAUUCGCCGCGUUGAAUCUCUUCGACGGCAUCAAAAUGUUGGAAAUAUUUCUGGCGCAAAACGAAGCAGAUUUCAAGUUGAAUAAGGCAAUAGAAAUAUCCAUUGUUGUCUCUGCAUGCACUUGUUUCGUCCUAUCACCUUUAGAAUUGGUUCGAAAUAAGUUUAUAGCUGAUGGCGUGGUGAAAGUGAGAAAGGACACGUCUAUGCUUGUUGUUGUACUUCAGAUUUUCUUGAUUAACCUCCCGUUCUUGGUUUUACGUGCCAUCAUUUGGCGCAAAUACGAAACUGCUAUCUUUAUGGUGAAGAAUAUUGUUGCUUUAGUCUUUGGCGUGAUCGAGUUCUUGGUCCUUAAAGGGAUUUUGAAAUGGGGCGCGAAUGCAACAGGUGAAUAUGUGCACUACAUUUGA